CUUAUCUGCAGCGCGCAUGCGUGUCCCCGCCUCUUCCUGUUAUCGCGGAGGCUGCUGGGAGUCUGGGAGAUCGUGUUCUCAGUCAGGCGGACACGUGUUGCGCGCACAUCGAGCUGCAGACAUGAGGCCAGGGUUCAGUCCCAGAGGAGGCGGAUUCGGCGGCAGAGGAGGAUAUGGUGACCGAGGUGGCAGAGGAGGAUUUGGUGACCGAGGUGGCGGCAGAGGAGGAUUUGGUGACCGAGGUGGCAGAGGAGGAUUUGGAGGCCGAGGAAGAGGAUUCGGUGACCGUGGAGGAAGAGGAGGGUUCGGUGACCGCGGAGGAAGAGGAUUCGGUGACCGUGGAGGAAGAGGUGGAUUCAGGUCUCGAGGUGGUGGAGGUCGCGGGGGAAGAGGUGGAUUCGGAGCGGGAAGGAAGGUGAUUGUGGAGCCGCACAGACAUGAAGGAGUCUUCAUCUGCAGAGGCAAGGAGGACGCGCUGGUGACCAAGAACCUGGUCCCUGGAGAAUCUGUCUAUGGAGAGAAGAGGAUGUCUGUGGAGGAUGGAGAAAUCAAAACUGAAUACAGAGCCUGGAACCCCUUCAGAUCGAAGCUCGCGGCAGCCAUUUUGGGUGGUGUUGACCAGAUUUACAUAAAACCUGGAUCCAAAGUCCUGUACCUCGGCGCUGCCUCUGGGACGACCGUGUCCCAUGUGUCUGACUUGGUCGGGCCGGAAGGACUGGUCUACGCUGUGGAGUUCUCACACCGCUCCGGACGGGAUCUCAUUAAUGUGGCCAAGAAACGAACGAACAUCAUCCCUGUGAUCGAGGACGCCAGGCACCCGCACAAGUACCGCAUGUUGCUAGGAAUGGUUGAUGUCAUUUUCGCGGAUGUAGCUCAGCCUGACCAGACAAGAAUUGUUGCUCUCAACGCCCACAACUUCCUGAAGAAUGGAGGCCAUUUUGUCAUAUCUAUAAAGGCCAAUUGCAUUGACUCCACGGCGGCUCCCGAGGCCGUGUUUGCGUCAGAAGUAAAGAAAAUGCAGCAAGAAAACAUGAAACCUCAAGAACAGUUGACGCUCGAGCCGUACGAGAGAGACCACGCGGUGGUGGUCGGAGUGUACAGACCUCCGCCUAAACAGAAGAAAUGAUCCUCCUGCUUACUUUUUUUUUUUUUCUUUGAGACUUUAUUUUUAUAUAUAAAGAAUCCCACCGCCCCCUACUGCCAGUGCAGAACCCUAUGGGAGCUCCUGCAGAGGGACCGAUCUGCCAGGAUUGGGGGCUUAUAGCACUCCCCGUUUCAUACAGCAUUGACUCGAUUGCAGUGGUGACCUGCAGGGGGCGCUACUAAUGUUGUAUGUUCUUAUAGUUGUUCCUUUAAGGGCUCUACUGCCCUAACUAGGGGAUGGAGCCUGAUCACGACGAGUUUUUGUCAUUCCUUUUAUUAAAUGGUCUCUGGAGACAUUGACCUAUAAUGAUUUGU